AUGGACGGGCAUGGUCAUGGUGGUGUACCGGUCUGUCCAGAGGGAGCUUCAGUCCAGCUCAAGGGUGCCUGUGGUGAGGAGGAUCCGGUGGGCAUCUUGAACCUCUCGGAUGAGAUCCUUCUGUGUAUACUUUACCAUCUUCCACUUUGUGACCUGCUGCUUAAUGUUGCCAAUGUUUGCCACAAGCUACGAACACUCUGCUAUGACAAGACCCUGCUCACUGAAGUCUGCUUCUCUGACCAUUAUUUGGCCAAUGACAUGAUGGUGGCUCGGACCAUUGACAAGCUAUCUUAUUACGUGCAGUCUCUGAGCCUGAAUGGUUGUUACUGGCUGUCGGGCUCCACUCUAAAGCACCUAUCCCGCUGCAGAGAGCUGACCCAGCUAGAUGUGACUGGGUGCAGACUGACCACCUUGCGGCUGUCUCACCUCCUCUCCUCUCUGUCUCUGCUGCGCUGCCUGGCCUUCGAUGUCACCUCCAGCUUCAGCUCAUCCCAACUCAGCUCCGAGGCCGUGGACACGCUCAGCAGACUUGCGGAGCUCAGACAAUCUCUGCUCACUCCCAGCUACGGGGUAGUUCCAUACUGCGCCAAACUACGAAAACUGAUGCUCCAGUUUGACAUCUCGGACGUCACCAGAGAGGGCCUGGGUGUGUCCUGUCAGCUCAUGGUGGGCCAGAGCAGUGUGCCACAUUACCAGCAGCUUCAAGAGUUCACUGCUCGACUGGCACCAGGAGAGGUAAACCAGACUCUACUGCUACUGUACCUGGCCGUCUUCAGCGUCCACAUUCCCGAGCAUCUGCGUAUCUUCCUGGUGUCCAUCCCGGGCCCAAGUCCUGUCCACUGGCCUUCUGCCCGGACUCUGGCUCAGAGCUUGGGACAGAGAGGCGACCUGGAGGCCUUGCAGUUCCCUCGGACAUGGCUGGACACCCCCUCGCUGAAGCUGGCCUUGGGGGGAAACAGCCCUCGCCAUCUGAGCUUCAGCCGUUGCCCCGCCUUGUGGCCGCAGGUGUUCCAAUCACUCUUGGAGGGAGGGGUGAAAGAUUCGACCCAGCUUACCAGCCUAAACCUUAGCGGGAUUAACCACGUUCUGUACUCUGACUGCCGAAACAUUGACGUUCAGCUACUAGCCUCCACCAUGAGUCGACUUGUAAUCGGCUGCUCAAAUAUAAAGCACUUAAACUUGAUGCACACUCACUAUCACCACGACAAGGCGCCCAGUUUGAACGCCGAAGCGCAUUUGUGCUCCAGUUUGGCUAGUCUGAGAGGCCUGAGCUCGCUUACUGUGCCCGCGUGUGCUCUGUCAGAUGGAGUGAACUCGAAUAACUCAAACACCUCUUGUCCGUCUUCGCUUUUACUUGGCUUGAAAAAAUCUGUGCGCGUAGGCCUUCAGAAUUACAGACCGGACUCUGGACAAGAGUCAUCCGUGGACAGUACUUCAGGAGUGGCCCAGCUGGCAUCAGGGUGUUUGACUUUAGAGACUUUGGAGGUUAUCGGUCCAGGUUUUGUGUCUGCACUCCCCAGACUGGAGCCGUGCACCCGCAGCAGCGUAGAGCCCCGGGGUAUGUGCGCCUGGGCCAGAGGAGUGGGAGAUGCACACAUAGCGGCUCUGGAGGGCUUGAAAAGAUUGAAAUGCCUGACUUUGGCUGGGCUGCCCGGGAUUCUGAAGGGGACAGGGCUGGUGCACAUGGCUAAACAUUGUAAGACCUUGAAAGUGUUGUCGCUGGCCAACAUCGGAGUGGUAAAGGCUAUGAACUAUGCCCCAGCUCUACUGGAGACGCUUCAACAUUGCACACAGCUCCAGGAACUCCGGUUGGAGCAGCCAUACUUGAACGCCAACAGUGCUUUUUUCGAGGCCUUGUCGUGCUGCUCUCGUCUGCGGCGCCUCUGCCUCAUCUCUCGCAGUGGGACUUUCGAGCCCUCGGCCGCAGAGAGCUUCAUGGAGCGUUGCCGGCUGGUGGUCAUGUGUCAUCUGUUCAUGGGAGGGACCCUGGUGGCCUGCCGGACUCUGCAGAAAACACUCAUAGAGAGGUUCUCAGCUGAGCGUCCAGCCCUGAGCGUGGUCAUCUACCCGUUACACCAUGAGGAUCUACCGUCAGUCAUUAGGGACAUCCCACUCACGCUGCUGGACACAGUGACCUUGUUUCAGAGCCACGUUGCUCAGCCGCCACAUUUAUCACCGUACUAG